UCCACGCAGCGCCGCCCAAUCGGCGGGCGGCCGGCGGGCGCGUCACGGAUGCCCAUUGUUAUGCAAAUAUAAAGGCGCUAAAAGGCGCCCCGGCGCGGCGGGCGGGCGAGCGAGUGCAGCGGCGCGUGGGGAGGCGCGCGGGGUCCGCGCGGGAACUGCAGCCGGAGCGAGCAGGGACCCGAGAGCGCGGCGCCGCCGCCCCGGCUCGGCCGGCCCCCGAGAGCGCCGCGCCAGCCUCCGUCGCCCGCUCGCCCGGGCGCGGCUGGAUGCGGCGGGGCCCUGCGGCGGCGCCCCCCGGCCCCCAGCGCCCGGAGCGCCCAGGGGCGGCGUGCGGGGCCCGGGGGCGCCGCGCCCUCCAUGCGCCCAGGCGGGCCCCGAGACAGCCGGGGGCCCGCGCCGCCGCCGCCCGCGCUGAGCCCGGCCCGCCCCGCCGCGCGCGCCCGGCGGCAGCAUGAGCCAGGCCGAGCUGUCCACCUGCGCGGCGGCGCCCACGCAGCGCGUCUUCCAGGAGGCCGUGCGCCGGGGCAACACGCAGGAGCUGCAGUCGCUGCUGCAGAACAUGAGCGGCUGCGAGUUCAACGUGAACUCGUUCGGGCCCGAGGGCCAGACGGCGCUGCACCAGUCGGUCAUCGACGGGAACCUGGAGCUGGUGAAGCUGCUGGUUAAGUUCGGCGCCGACAUCCGCCUGGCCAACCGCGACGGCUGGAGCGCGCUGCACAUGGCGGCGUUCGGCGGCCACCAGGACAUCGUGCUCUAUCUCAUCACCAAGGCCAAGUACGCGGGCGGCGGCCGGUGACGCCCGCCCCGAGCCGGCCGCGGGCCCCACGCGUGUCGCCUCUGCUGGACCUUCCCGCCAACUACCUCGGUGUGCGCCGCGGCCACGACGAGUCCGGCGCGCGCGCGUCUGUGCCCACGGGACCCGCGCGGCGCCCGUUCCCCGGGGCCGGCGCCCCCCCUGGCGGCCCGCGCCGGGCAGGAGCGCUUCCCACAGCCCCGCCCGCGGCCUCGCGGGUGGGGGCGGGGCGCGGGCUCUCGCCCCUUUGAAAUUUGAGUCCGGCGACCAGCAAGUUCGGAAUCCCGCGACACCGGAUCCUCCGCUGGAAAUGCCGCCCCGGAGGAGGAGGCGGGUGGCGGGGACGCCGGGCUCGGGGCGCCCCGCCCGCAGCACCGCGGCCGACGCGCCCCGGAGGAGAGCCGCGCGGUGGCCGGGGUUCGGAACUAUUUAUCGUGUGUGUUUGUAUUUGUGGGUGAGGUUCGUGCGCUUGAUUCCUUUCUGUUUGGGAAACACUGCGCGUGGUUACGGGGGAAGAUGCAUUUUUUUCCUGGUCUCACAGCUGAAAACUUGAGUCUGUCCUUUCGGGGUUGCACUGAGCACCGCCCGCCGGCCUGCCUUGCUGCUUCCUCUCGCCUGGCUCUCUCCCCGCUCCUUCCCUCCCCCUCCUGGCCCCUCCCCCUUCUACCCCUGCCCCUCCGCCCCCUCUCCCCCUCCUUCCCCCUCCCCUCCCCCCCUCUCCCCUCUCUUGCCCCCCGCCCCCUCCCCCUUCUCACACACACGGCUCCGUGUGAGUUUGGGAAGCCCUAGGCCGCCCCCCAAACCUGGUUCUCUGCUGAGUCCGCGGGAGGACCCUGGGCGCCGGGCGGGCGGUGAUGGGGGGGUGGGGCAUCCCUGGUCUCGAGCCCUGUGAGAGUGAACAGUCGGUUGCACACUUUUUAAAAAAAGUAAAUGGAUUUGCCACGAUUAUAUGUCAUAACAUUUAUGACAAUAUAAACUAUUAACAUAUUGUAAGCCAAGUGCUAGGUGUAUUUUGUGAAUCUUGGUUAUAACCCCAUUUUAAAGGGCGUUGUGUAGGCAACAGUGUACCCAUAUUUAUAUUUUUAUAAAAUGCCUAUAAGACUGUGAAUCGCUUGUGCUAAUGGCCGAGUUGAAGGACUCUUUGCCCUUCCUCGGCCUCCCGGGGUUUCAGGAACCCGAUUCGAACCCCAAAAUCCUGCCGUGGGGGAGGGGCCGGGACGGCCGCGGGGGGGGAGGGGCGGGGGCGGUGCUUCCGCGUCGCUCUCUGUCGGGGAGGCCUCCCCGGCCCCCCUCGGUCCAGUUUCCUAUGCAGCCCCACACCCCUGGCUGUUUUGAUCCCGAGAAAUAAAAGGGGACUGAAUUAUUCACAUUUAAAUGAGGCUCCCUGGGUGGAAGUGCUGCUGACCCUCCCUGCGAAAAUGGGGGGCACUUGAGGACACAGGUGGGGGGGCCCUGCCGGUCGGCCUCACCAUCCUGGCUGCGGCCGAGCCCCGUCAGAACAUGCUGAUGACGGGCCGCAGGCGCGGGGCGGAGGCACAGAUUGCUCCACAAGGAGUUUUUCUGUAUAUUUUUUUCUAGAUGCAAAUAACGUUUUAAUUAUGUUAAUUAAUGCCAAGACUGUCUAGGCUUAUGGAAGCUGUGUGUGGGCCCGGUCUGAUCUUCUAACUGGAUGAAGUCUGCAGCCCAUCCCCGCGUGUACGAUACCCUGUAGCCCAGCGUGGGAGAUUUGUCAAUAAAUUUUUCAUUGAUCUUUUUAUAUUAAAAAGCAAAA